CAAGAUUUACUUCAGUCAUCAUUUAACUUGUGCCCUCCUGUUGUACGUUUGCACCUUGGUUAUUGCUUCAAAGAGGAGUUGACGAACGAGGAACUAGAGAUCCAGCAUGUCAAAUUUGCAGCAUUUGGCUUUAUUCAUGUUCCUGAUCUUCUUGCCAGCGGGUAGGAGUCUAUUUAAUAAACUUGAUUCUGUAGGCCUCGGUGCCUUAUGCAGAGCAGUCUCAAUCCGACAUCAACUAACUACUCUUUUAAUUAGCUUCUGUUAAAAUAUUCUUAAAAAGAAAGCUACUUUUUUGUGUUAUUUUUCAUAGAGUAAUUCCCCAACCUCGUCCCCAGGGCUUUUCCCUUAAAAUUUUCCCGCCCCACCCAUUUUUUAAGGGAAAAGCCCUGGGGACGAGGUUGGUAAUUCCCGAUAUGCACGAGGAUUUCAGAGAAACAUUUUUGCAUACAUUUUGUCCCACUUUUGAAAGAGGCGUGUUCUCGAUUCGCUGUGUCAAUUGAUUUCAUUUAUUUUAAUAACGAUAUUUCAACUGAUGAAUUCAAAGUAGACAGACUGCAAAUUAUCUUAGUUGCUAAAAAAUAUAUAUCUACGUGUCGCAACUGUUCAUCAGUAGGAUGCCUAGAAUGCGUGCAAUUCCACAAUUGGUUUCGGCUCCAUUAAAUCCUAUACCAAUUGCAGAACAUUUUAGGAGGAGCCACCCACCAUGUGAGCACAGUCACGGACAAUGUAUAAGCGACGAAAAUAACGCAAAGUAAAAUUAAGACGUUAAUAAACGAACUAAAUGUACACGUCAAUUAAAUAAAUAAACAAAUAAUGCGCGGUUGGAUUAUCUUUUUUUUCAAUUUUAAUGGGCAACUGAAUGUUUUGGGCCCUGCUUAUACAGCGUACGUAUGUUCUGAAGACUACGUGCAUUUAUCAAUUAAACUUGAGUUAAUUUUCUAGGAAGUAAAUGUUAACGCACUUGCAUAUGACCAGGCCAAGUUAUACGACCUGCCUUGACAUGGAUAACUUUAUCUCCUGGAUAGUGGCUUGAUAGGGCUAUCAAAGCAUCGAACAACCGAGAUCGGUGACGCGAAAAGGAUAAAUUUUAUCCACAAGAUAGUGACUUUAAACAAUCGUGUCAGUUUAUUGAAAUGCUCGACUCGGCAAUUAUCUCUUGUUUAAAGCUAAAUAUCCUAUAGUUACUAUCGGUAUUUUCUGUCCGCAAUUAGUUCUCGAUAUUAUGAUAAGUAAAGUUGUCGCUUUUUUUUAAAAUUGAACGUUGUCUCUGGGCAGAUUUCAAAAGGCUAGAGCUGAUAAAGUUAAGACUCAAAGCUCAUUUUCGGACAAAAUUGAUAAGUCUUUUUUACAGUUUAUUGCUGAACUGCUUCUGCUAGCCUAAUUGGGAACCUGCUCUUCUUUCUCGCUACAGUGAUUACCCGUCAAUGUUACCGAUGUCGUAGCAUUCACUCUUUUAAAGAUUGUGACGCCAACCAAAAGAAAGAAUAUUGUAGGUCGACCUCAACGUGUUUCAAAAUGAGGUUUUCUACAACAACCGGCGGUGAAGCAUACCUCAAAGGAUGCGCUCCGAGUCCCUGCAGGGGAACAGGAGACUGCAGCAAAUCCAACAUCAAGUGUGAACUGAGUUGCUGUUCUUCUGAUUACUGCAAUGGAGCCUCUGGUCCUGUGGUGAAUGCUGUGAUUCUUUUGAUUGCCUCCUUCACCUCCAGCUUCAGGUACUUGUUCUGA